GACCAGAUAAGCAGGCUCUCAGGGUGAUUCGGCUGUAGCGGGCAGGUCGUCCAAGUAUCUCCUCGCUUCAUCAGCCGAAUGAAGCCAGCGUCUUGCGCCGUCAGGAGACGUGAUGCGAAGUCGUGCAGGAUACAGCAGAGCGGGCUUGAGACCUCGUUUAUACAGCUCGGACAUCACUUCACGGUACUUGCUUGCUCAAAACUUCCAGGCAGUAGUCCUCCACCAUGCGAAUCUGCCGACCAUGGUAUUCUAGUUUCCCUCCUCGCCGGGCCUCUAGGAUAAGAUGGUCCUUUACCUGGUACCGAUGAAGGCGUAUAAUUACGGGGCACAGUCUCUGUCCUGGGGCUGGCUUAGCGGCAGGUAUACGGUGGGUUCUGUCGAUCUCCGGGCGGGUCGGGAGCCUCUCCUUCCCAAAAACCUCGCAGAGCAAAUCUGCAAAGAAUUCUGUGGGACGCCCAUCUUCAACGCCCUCCUCGAGUCCCAGGAUACGCAGGUUUUGGCGCCUACUUCGGCUUUCUAAGUCCGUAACUUUAGCCAGAAAUUUAGUGUUAGAUUCGCUGAGAUUGGAACAAACGUUCUUGAGUUCUCUAACCCGCCGGCUUAAGUCGUCCGCUGCUAGCUCUAAAGAUCCGAGCCGCUGGCCAUGAUCUUCCACCGCAGAGCGGACUUCGUCAAACUUUGAUUCCAGUAGGCUAAAAGAUGGUUUGAAGUCGCUGGCCAAUGCCUCCCUAUGCUGCUCCAGAAGGGAGGAGAUGGCCGCCAUGUUCAGCUUAGGUAAUGGACUAGUGGUGUAUGUCCUGGUGAAGCACCGCAAUCAGUGCAACCUGACAGACAUCUGCCUCUUCAACCUGGCUCUCUCUGACCUCCUCUUCGUCUUCACGCUGCCUUUCUACUCUCACAAUGUCAGGGUCGGCCAGUGGACUUUUGGAGACUUCAUGUGCCGUUUGAUAUCCGGUUCUUACCAGACUGGCUUCUUCAGCAGCAUCUUCUUCAUGGUUGUCAUGACGCUGGACCGCUACAUGAUCAUUGUGCACGCUCACAGGGUUGCACGUUAUCGCACAAAGAGGGCUUCCAUCAUUCUGACCGUGCUCAUUUGGAUGCUGAGCUUGUUUGUCUCUCUGCCGGAUUUUAUCUUCAGAAAGGUAAAAGGACAGGAAUCCCAAGGAGUGGAGUGUGACUAUCCUGACGAGAGCAAAAUAUGGGAGCGUUAUGAUUUGUUUACCACAAAUGUGCUGGGGCUUGUGAUUCCCUUGCUGGUGAUGGUAGGUUGCUACUCCAGGAUCAUCCCCACACUGGUGAGCAUGAGGACCGCAAAGAAGCAUUGCAUCGUCAAGCUGAUCAUCUGUAUAGUGGUUGCAUUUUUCUUACUCUGGGCCCCAUAUAACAUUUCCCUUUUCCUAAAGUUCCUCCUGGAAAAAGAAAUAAUCCUCAAUGAUAAAGUCUUGGACGAAAAUAUAAGGCUGUCAAUAACAGUGACUGAAGCCUUUGCUUACACUCACUGCUGUCUGAAUCCCAUCAUAUAUGCUUUUGUGGGAGAGAAGUUUAUGAGACGAGCCUUGCAGCUGCUGACAAAGUUGGUGCCUGGUUACCGCAGAGAUCUGACAGACAGCUCAUUCAGGAGAAGCUCAGUUAUGUCCAGGGGCUCUGAAAUCACCUCCACCUUUAAAUUGUAGAAGGUGGAGGACAGUUGUAAGUAUUUUGUCAUGAAUGUUUCACCCUGUUAUUACUGCAGACCGUGCCUUGUUCAUGUUUGUUUUGUUCAUUUGGGAGCGUUAUUUGACAAAUACGACAGUGUUCUUCACCUGUGUGUCACCUUCAAAAUGUGUCUGUACACUUUUGGAUCUUUUGAAUUUACAGCAAUUUUUUUUUUCCUCACGGUUAGAUUGUAAAUGUGCUCAAUACUUCUUUAAUGCCUUUAAUGUGUGUUAGCACUGCCGAUUUACAGAAUCUUAAUUACCUUAUACUCUAAUGCUCUUCUUUCUUCUGCUCAGGUUAAAUUAAACUUGCUGGUCUGUUAAACUGAACCUGCUGUUUUACAGCAACCUGUAACAGUUUGCUUACUUCUUCAGACAUCUUUUAUGAGCCUUACAUGUUUGCAAAAACACACCAAAAAGAGCACAAAACUAUUUCAGAUCUUGAUUGUACAAAAUGUGCACAAUGUUUUACUGUAAUUCACAUUUCUAACUAUUUCCACAUUGUUUUCUGAUGU